AUGCCGGAAAGCGACACUGGAUCCGUAAUCCCCGCCCAGCUAUCCUUCUUCGCCAUCUACAAUCCGACUCUCGGACCCACCGAUGAGACGAUCGAAGACCAGAUUGUAUUCUACACCUCAAGAUCGGAAAAUCUACAGCGGUUAGAGGGCUCAAGUAACGAGGAGGAAGGGAGCAAGUCUUCUGGGAAUGGAAAGAAUGAGAGGUUGCGUCAGAUAGGUCUGGCGCAAGGGAUGGUACACUUUGCCAGCAACUUCUCAUCAAAAAAGACCUUGGAAUAUGUUGAAACGGAAAAGACUCGAGUUGUUCUCCUUGAGUUGGAAAAGGAUUGGUGGUUGGUUGCGUCCAUAGACCUAACACGAUUACCGGCUGAGUCGACACAACCUUCUUUGAACGAUGCAGUCAACUCAUCCGCCUUCCAAUAUUCAGCAAGGGAGAUGGGGCAUCCUCAUCUCCUUAUCCAGCAACUGCGCCGCGCGCAUUCUAUAUUCCUUCUUCUACAUGACUUCUCUCUGAGCGACCUCUACGAACGUGCGGGCCGCCCAUCAUUCUGUCUUUUCCUGCAAAGAUUCUGGGAGCGCUUUGCUUGGGGCUGGGAGCUUCUUUUGACAGGCAAUCCCAUCGUCGAUGUUUAUAAUGGGAUUAAACUCGCUGCGGGCGGUGAGUUAGGAAUAGGUGUUGGAGAAGAAGAAUGGGGCAGCGGGGAGAGAGAAGUUCUUGAAGAUUUCGUGACAAGGACAGAUGGUCUAGUCGAUCUCGUUGUAUCGAGAUUCGGGGACUCCGCGGGGCACUCGGCAGAAUUCCCAUCGGAAUCUGAGUCUAAUGGAUAUAGUCGUUGGUUAGGAUUGGACCUCGAUCCUCGGCCAGCUGAUGGAAUCAUCUUCUCAGGAGUCAAUGCCAUCUCUCGUCGCUCUGUGUCGCAUGUGUCACAUUGGAUGGAAUGGAUUUAUCGAUAUGGAGAUGCGACAUAUGGCAUAGGACGGGAUCCGAACUCCCUGCGCCGACGCAAACUCCGGAGGCAUCGAGAGAAAAUUCAUUCUGGGAGUAAAAGUACUAGUGUCCGCUCGGCUAGUGCGCAGCCUGCCGUUUUAGAGCACGCUCACACACCUGGGAUACCUCGCCCACUUGUGGUGGCUACCCCGCAACCCGCCCCGGGGAACCAAGGGGAAGAUAUAUCAGAUCAAAAUGGGGUUCCGUCAUCAAGUGAUCCAAAGAGUGAUCCAUCAUCUGCCUUUGGAGCUGAGACAGUCAUGAAAUUUUUGACUUUGGGCUACGGAUCAGCCUGGAAUCUUUCAAGCUUGUCACCGCCGUCAUCAACAAGCUCUCCUGCUGCUGCUGAGAUCAGUAAAUCGUCUACGGAUGUCACAGUGCCAGACGAACAGUCUGGGAAUGACACACAGCACUCACUAUUAAAUGGACAUAAUGGAUCCCGGAGUGGACUCAAGAAAGCAGUCUCAGGCCGUUUCGUCCUAGGUCCUCGAGAUGAUUUGGAUACACUGGAUGAGCUGGAAGAAACCAGUCCGGGCCCCGAGUCCGACGUGAAAAAUACCAAAACUCGAAUAGUGCAUCGGACUCUGCAUAUUCAAGUAGCAGACCACCCAGAUGCGAGCGGUAAUCUACGAAAGCUGCAAGCUGUGGUCUAUGUGAACCAACCAUUUAUGUUCACAUUCUUGUUUGAGACCGAUACCGCAUCAUUGUCAUCUCCCUCUCUCUACUCUAGCAUUCAUCACCAGCUUGGACCACUUCAAAAGCCGCUAUUAUCAUCAACAUCACCAGCAACUGCCAACGCCCGAAUCAAUAUGACCGAUCCCACAGACCCUAAUAAGAAUCCCCGCACACAAGCCGUUCACGAUCUAGUCUAUGACCCAUCAAACCUCACAAUAAGAUCUUCAAUCCCCAACAUUCCCAGCAUAACCUCACCCUCCCAGUCACCUGGGGCUCCCCUUACUACAAACACUCCAUCAUCCUCACCAACCCGCUCCCAAUUUCCAAAAUGGUCCCGCAUAGAGACCCUCAGUAUACACCACCGCCUUCUAACCACAUAUAUUGACACCCGUUCCCGUCCCCAAGAACUCGAACGUACAAGCAAAACAACACGCGGAUGGUGGAUCCUCUGGGUCCGCAUCCCGCAAUCCACUACAUACCCUCCCCUACCAGCCCUUUCAUCCGCACCCUCUUCCACAGCUCUAUCAUCUCUAGCUGAAGGCGAUGGUGAAUCUCCAGAGGCCCAUGAAAACGAAACAGCGUUCUCAUCCUCUAUCUCUACGCCUGAAUCUCCACCGGCUUCCCAGGAGGCCUUCCUCGUCCGUAAAGCGAAUGACUACCUCUCGCCCGCAAGUCACGGACGCAUGAGUAGCGGAGCACGCUUCUUCCGUGAUUUGGGCGGUGCGUCAUCUAAGCUUUCAGCUUCAAAGACGGAUACUACACCUUCAAAACUGGUUGAAGGGAUUGGGCUGGAUGCUCGUCGGUAUGUGGAAGGGUUGUUGAGGUUUAAUAGGUGA